UUUUUUUAACUUUUCUUCGUUUUUUCAGAUAAAAGAGGAGAAAAGAAACGGACCCAAGACGGUCCAGACCUCAGAGAUUUUGGUGUUGAUCUAAUAAAAUGGAAGGUACCGUUGUGAGGAGAGUAAUUCCUUCAGAUAAUAGUUGUCUUUUCAAUGCUGUUGGAUAUGUGAUGGAUCAUGACAAGCAAAAGGCUGCCGAAUUAAGACAGGUUAUAGCUGCAACAGUGGCGAGUGAUCCCGUUAAAUAUAAUGAAGCAUUUCUUGGCAAAUCAAAUGAGGAAUACUGUACUUGGAUUCUGGAUCCUGAGAAGUGGGGAGGUGCCAUCGAGCUUUCUAUACUAUCGCAAUAUUAUGGUCGUGAAAUUGCAGCAUAUGACAUUCAAACAUUACGAUGUGAUUUAUAUGGCCAGGAAAAGAAGUAUCAAGAAAGGGUUAUGCUUAUUUAUGAUGGCCUUCAUUAUGAUGCAUUAGCUAUGUCUCCAGCUGAAGGAGCACCUGAAGAGUUUGAUCAAACAAUUUUUCCUGUCAAUAAAGAUCGAACAAUUGGAGCUGUAGAAAAUCUUGCUCUAAAUCUUGUUAAAGAUGCUAACAGAAAGAGGAGUUACACCGAUACUGCAAAUUUCACCUUGCGUUGUGGGGUAUGCCAAGCUGGUUUAAUUGGCCAAAAGGAAGCAGUGGAACAUGCACAAGCUACUGGCCAUGUGAAUUUCCAAGAAUACAGAUAGCAGGAGUCUUCUCACUUCAUUUUGCUGGAGGCAAUGAAAGGUUGUAUCAAUCGAAGAAGUCGAGUUUGAUGUUGUGAUAAGCGUUAAGAAGUUUUAUUUGUUCUGGACAAAUCAAAACUUUUACAGAAUAGAAUGUUCUGAUAAAUCAGUAACCGAUUGAUGUCGUGUUGAAAUACAAUAAAUUGUGGACUUGAAGAAAACAGUCACAAGGAGAAAUGUUUGCGAUUCGUGAUGA